CUCUGUGGCCGGCGUCGGCCCAGCGGCGCUGUUUCGCUUUCCAAGCCCGGUGGAGGCUCGGCGGGGCAGAGGAUGGCGGAGGCCUCUUCGGCUGCCGCAACGGCCGCCGUCUCCCAGCAUCGCUUCUUUUGCCACAGCUGCAAGGGCGAGGUCAGCCCCAAGCUGCCGGUUAGCAAGCCCAACUGGAAAGGCAUGUUUUCUACACCCCGGGAAAGUGCUUCGGUUGGAGAAAACUCUUUUCCUGAACUUUCCAUCUCCCUUCCUCAGUUCUGGGACCAGCUGGAUCGUUCCAUGGUCUUUCCAUUCCUGAGCAGCUCUCUGGACCACAAUGGCAGGGAGAACGAGAGAGGCCACCAAGCCCACGCGGACCUUUGGGGACCAAGCCGACCCCCGCGACUGCCCAUGGCCCGGAGGUAUCGGCCCCGUCUCAGCACACGGCCAGAUCGGUCGCCAGCCAUUGAAGGAAUCAUUCAGCAGAUCUUCGCUGGCUUCUUUGCAAAUUCAGCCGUUCCUGGAUCGCCGCCUCCCUCUUUCUCCUGGGGAGGCAUGCAGGGCAGGCUGCAUUCUAGCUUUGGGGACUACGCGUGGGACCAGAGUGGCCUCGAUGCUGUCUUGACCCAGCUUAUGGGACACUUGGAAAAUACAGGGCCUCCCCCAGCUGAGAAAGAGAAAAUUUCUUCCCUCCCAACUGUGACCGUCACUCAGGAACAAGUGGAUAUGGGUUUGGAGUGCCCCGUGUGCAAAGAAGACUACACUGUGGCGGAGCAGGUCCGGCAACUUCCGUGCAAUCACUAUUUCCAUAGCAGCUGCAUUGUGCCAUGGCUGGAACUGCACGACACCUGUCCCGUGUGCCGGAAGAGUCUGAACGGGGAGGACUCUGCUCAGCAAGCCCCGAACACGGAGGCCUCCACGAGCAACUCCUUUAGCAGCCCAAGCCACCUGCAUGACCGAUGGACUUUCUGAAGCCUCCCCCCCCGGAGCCGCUGGGAGAGAGAAGGGCACGCAAAGGAGCCUGCCGCGUUCUUGGCUACGGAUGUAAAUUGUACGAUUACUCAAACCACACAAGCGAGUAGCAAGAAGAGAGAAAGCAGGCCCAAGCGGCCUUCACCCACCUCCCCUCCCCACCGAAGCCCGGGCCCCCCCUUUCUGAAAAACAGUCACCGAGGAACCUCCCGGUCUGGAGAGGCCACGUUAGUGCUUGCAGGGGCGGGAGUGUCGUCUAUUAAAAGUUUGUGGACCUUUCCCCCCCCUCUGAUAUCUGUACUGAUUGCUGGCUGGCUGUCCACGUAACGUGGACAGGAAACAGAAAGCUCGGAAGGAGCCGGAAGGAGCCUGCAAGGACGGGGCUGGUGGGGCUCUCUCUGCAUUUGGGGUCUUGGGUUCAGAAGGGGGGGGACGGGAAAGGAGAAGGGAAGCCCACCCAGCCCCAAUCCUCCCCUCACUCCAGGUUUCUGUGGAAGCAAACGGGGCCACGCUUCUCCGCGCGAGGCAGGUGUUCCUGUGGCUGGAUUCCUCUGCUUGAACUGAAAUGUCCACCUGUCCAGUUUGCUCCUUGCUGUCAAACGGACUCCAUUUGUCUCUUACAGUAGAAGUGGCUUUGCCAGGUAUCCUUCCCUAUUGAAAACGCGAAUACCAUUGCUUAAAAA